CUGAAUUAUAUUUCUUACUCCGUCUCAAAAGUGUACUUUUAGUGAGACAAAGAGUGGAUCCCUCCUAUAUCCACAAUUAACAUAUUUAUAGAGGAGGAUACGUGACCUUCCCCUUUUCAUCCAGGAACAAAAUAGGAAGUCUGCAGGAAGGUCACUGCACAUUGCUAUUCAAUCAUGGCAUCUCCAUGAAUACAAUCAAGAAACACUGUUCAAUCAAUGAUUUUAAGAGGAUGUCCAUGUGCAAUCAUUCCUAUAAGAUGACAAAUAUUCCUUCCACUGCUUGCCUCGUGAAUGUUGAGCGGCGGGAUGGUCCCUUGAUCUUUGAUGUGGAUCGUCAUGCUUAGGAAUUGGACAAAUGUUAGUCAAGCGGAUGGGGAGUUAGAUGCGGAUGUUGGACAUCGGGUUGGAGUGGCUUGGGCCAAAUGGCGGUUAGCUUCAGGGGUGUUGUGUGAUUCGAAGAUUUCGCCUAGAAUGAAAGGUAAGUUCUAUCGAUCCGUAGUCAGACCUGCUAUGUUAUAUGGGGCAGAGUGUUGGGCGGUUAAGAAGACUCAUAUGCAUCGUCUGCAUGCGGCGGAGAUGCGAAUGUUACGAUGGAUGUGCGGGAAGACAAGGUUGGAUAGGAUUUCGAAUGAGGUUACCCGACGUCAAGUAGGUAUCGCACCGGUGGAAGACAAGUUGCGGGAAGCGAGGUUGAGGUGGCUUGGCCAUGUGAGACGGCGGGAUGCUGACGCCCCUGUACGGAGAUGCGAGAGGAGUACUGUUAUCCUGGGAAGUAGGGGAAGGGGUAGACCUAAGAAGAAUUGGGAGGAGGUGAUAAGACAGGAUUUAGGACUUCUCGACCUGACUGAGGAUAUGGCCCUAGAUAGGAACCUUUGGAGAACUAGGAUUAGAGUAGCUGGAUAGGAGCUCGGUGUUGUAGAGGUUGUUUUGUAGUGUGUUGUAUUUGUUGAGAAUCUUUUGCUAUUGUUUGUACUUGUUGCUUGUACUUGGUGCCUUAUCUGUGCUAUACUGUGUUCUCUUCCAUAUUUUUGUGCAGGUGGAGCCGGGGGUCUCUUGGAAACAGCCUCCCUACUUCCGAGUAGGGGCAAGGUCUGCGUACACACACCCUCCCCAGACCCUACUGUUGU